GAAAUAGUACUGUAUGAAAUAUCGUGGUAUUUAGAAAUCGAUAAUUAGAAAUAUUUUACUUAUCCUUUUUAGGUAGAAGGAAAUUAAGUCUGUACACAAAACUUGUAGCUUAUGAAAAAAACAUAUAUUCAACUUCAAUAGAAGAAAUAAAAAAAAACUUUAUUCAAUAGGACAAUAUACCUCUUCUCUUUCUCUGAAAUUGAAUUUUUCUUAGAUAACGCAACUUAAAUAAUGACCACUUUUGCGUCCACUGCACUAACACUCAGAAACCAUGAUCAGGUCUCAUUCAUCAACGCCACCAAAAAUCUUUCUCCGAUUAGUUCUUAUCAGGAAAUCAAAAAACCAUUGUUAUUUGUUAACAAUCUCUUUUUCAAGAACCUGACUUAGUUGCCGAUAUGUCUUUGAUCACUAAAACAUGACCUCAGUUCUAAUAUUAGUCACUUAAAAAGAGGGCCUAUUUUAAAGCAAUAAGUAGUUUGUAUUAGAAUACAAUCUUGUGUGUUUGGUCUCUGAUUGUAUAUGUAUGACCGUCCUAUUAAAUAUCUUUCUUCAACCACACACAAAUCUCUUAUCUCAUCAUUGUCUAUGUCAAAUUCAUGACUUUAUAUUAUCAGGGAUGUUCACUUGUAAUAAUUUAAUAAAAUGGACAUAUCAGACUAAUCAAAAGAACAAAAACAAUUGAGUAUUGGAAGGGGAAGGGGCAACCCACCAAAGUACAACUUAGCUCGCAUACACUUCAAUUACGUGCAACAAGAAAUAUAUAAUAUUUUAAAUAACCCUUGUAAGCAAAAUUUCAAAAUCAUAUAUACAUUACCAUCAUUAGACCAAAUUAAACGGUUCAGAUUGAUUGGCCAGUAAGUAUUAUCAGGUCAACUGGGCUAGGCAAACUAACUAUGCAAGACCAAGUCCAAAUUGUAUUACAAUGACCCUUUCGAUAGUUUCAACUUUCACCAUACAUUGCCGUAUCAGCCAGCUAAAUCCAAACACAAAAAUAUAUUAUAAACAAAAGGAGAGAGAUUCCGUUGUUAUCUUUUUGUGCUUUUCCUAUAUGCCGAAUGGCACAAAGCAUCAACCAAUCCAAUAGGCAAUAUAUACCAAACUUGUCUUAGAGUGCAACAAACAAGGAGGAUAAGAAAAAACAAUGCAGACCCUUAAUGAGGCCUCACAAACAGACUCUCAAUGUUGUUGCAGCUGCACAACCCCAUUUUUCAACUCACCAACAUCACUACACAACACAACAUCAAAAAUCAGGAACAGUUCUGCCGAGUGGCGCCACAGCUUCGCGGUUACAACAACAUCCUCUAUAUUCCCAAACACUCAAUUCACCAACCAUGAGUCUCUUCCAUCACUUCAUGAAUCAUUCAAUGAGUUCACCAAAGUGUACCCUCAGUAUUCUGAGACUGAACAAGUUGACCAUGUUAGAGCCAAGCACUAUUUCCACCUCUCACUCUCCAACCAAACUUGCCUUGAUUACAUUGGCAUUGGCCUCUUCUCCUACUCUCAACUUGAACACCAUGAAACAUCAAAAAGCCAAGUACCCUCAUCUUCAAUUCCUCAAACACCCCAAUUACCACCACCUAAUUACUCAGAUAUUCCAUUCUUUAGCUUAUCUUGCAAGACUGGGAGUCUAAAGACUUUGUUGCUUCAUGGUGGGCAAGACUCAGAAUUUGAGGCUGCAAUGAGGAAGAGAAUCAUGUGUUUCCUUAACAUAUCUGAAAAUGAUUACUUCAUGGUUUUCACAGCCAACAGAACCUCAGCUUUCAAACUUGUGGCAGAUUCAUACCAAUUCCAAACUAGUAGGAGGCUUUUGACAGUUUAUGACUACGAGAGUGAGGCGGUGGAAGCGAUGAUUAGUUCCUCAAAGAAGAGAGGAGCCAGGGCCAUUUCAGCUGAGUUCUCAUGGCCAAGGCUGAGGAUUCAGACUACAAAGUUGAGGAAGAUGAUUGAGCGUAAGAGAAAGAAGAAGAAGAGAAAGGGUCUAUUUGUUUUGCCACUUAGUUCAAGAGUGACAGGAGCAAGAUAUCCUUAUCUUUGGAUGAGCAUAGCACAGGAGAAUGGAUGGCAUGUAUUGGUUGAUGCAUGUGCAUUGGGGCCAAAAGACAUGGACUGUUUUGGCCUCUCUCUCUUUCAACCAGACUUUCUUAUUUGCUCUUUCUAUAAGGUCUUUGGGGAAAACCCUUCUGGAUUUGGAUGCCUUUUCAUCAAGAAAUCCGCUAUUUCCAGCUUGGAAUCUUCCUCUUCUGCAGGAAUUGUCAACCUUGUACCAGAAAAGCAGCCUCAUCAAUUAUCAGAUGAUUCUUCUGGCACUGACUUAGAAAUUAAAAACAAAUCAUUACCAACAUGCCUACAUGAAGAGAAACCAUUUCCUUUGUCAUCUUUCUCAGGUCCAAUGCAAACUAAACAAUCUGAAACUGUUGAAGAAGGAGAACCACCUGACUCAAAACUAAAAGCUCCUCAAUGUUCUGAAAUUGAGGAGGUACAACAAGAGCCAGUUCAGACUCCUAAGACAAGCAAUGUCCAAGAAAGUGACAUUCAAUUUAGGUGCUUAGACCAAGUGGAUUCUUUAGGAUUGAUUCUCAUCACUAACAGGUCAAGGUACCUGAUAAACUGGCUGGUGAACUCAAUGUUGAAGCUUAAGCAUCCCAACACACAAGGGGUUCCUUUGGUCAAGGUUUAUGGUCCAAAGGUGAAAUUUGAUAGAGGGCCUGCUUUGGCAUUCAAUAUAUUUGAUUGGAAAGGUGAAAGGGUUGAGCCUGCUCUUGUCCAGAAACUUGCUGAUAGGAGCAACAUAUCUAUCAGCUAUGCAUUUCUGCAUCAUAUUUGGUUUGCAGAUAAGUAUGCAGAAGAGAAAGGAAGAGUCCUACAUACCAAAGUGGUUGGAGACCAAGAAGUGGUGACAACAACCAACAAGAAGAAAGAUAGUGUUGGAAUCAGUGUGGUUACUGCUGCAUUAGGCUUCCUGGCUAAUUUUGAAGAUGUCUAUAAGCUUUGGGCUUUUGUUGCAAGGUUCCUUGAUGCUGACUUUGUGGAGAAGGAGAGGUGGAGGUACAUUGCUAUCAAUCAGAAAACAGUCGAAGUUUAGUUUAUUCCAUUGAGUUUCAUUUAUUCUUAUGGAUUGUAAGUCAUGGAAGAAUCCAUGAAGUGUGAAUUCUGCUGAAAAUUUAAUGUAAAUGCAAAUAUGAUUCUCGAAAGAAACAAGGAUUACUUACCCUAUUCAUUCAUUUGUAUGAUGGAUUCAAAAACUAUGGAAUUCAUUAUGUCAAAUAUACUUUGUUGCCUGUGUUGUAUUCUUC